AUGCACAGCAGAGUCACAACCCUGCUCACAUGGGGCAGUCUUUUGGGACUGUCCCAGGCAGCCUGCCCCUUCGCCGACCCCGCCGCCCUCGUGAGGCGGGAUGAUGCGCCGCCAGCAUCAGACGACAUCCUUGAGGAGUUCCGGGUGGACGACAGCGAAGGUUACCUCACUUCGGAUGUGGGCGGCCCCAUCGAAGACCAGGUCAGCUUGAAGGCCGGUGCGAGAGGCUCGACGCUGCUUGAGGACUUCAUCUUCCGCCAGAAGAUUCAGCACUUCGACCAUGAACGGGUACCCGAACGGGCUGUCCACGCCCGUGGCGCUGGUGCUCACGGCACCUUCACCAGCUAUGGCGACUGGAGCAACCUCACGGCUGCGUCCUUCCUGGGUGCUGCCGACAAGCAGACGCCUGUGUUUGUCCGCUUCUCGACGGUGGCGGGUUCCCGUGGCAGUGCCGACACUGCUCGGGAUGUUCACGGGUUCGCUACUCGGUUUUACACCGACGAAGGCAACUUUGACAUUGUCGGCAACAACAUCCCCGUCUUCUUCAUCCAGGAUGCUAUCCAGUUCCCCGAUCUCAUCCACUCAGUCAAGCCGCGACCGGAUAAUGAGAUCCCCCAAGGCGCCACCGCCCACGACUCGGCAUGGGACUUCUUCAGCUCGCAGCCGAGCACUCUCCACACCCUGUUCUGGGCCAUGGCCGGCCACGGCAUCCCUCGCAGCUUCCGGCAUAUGGAUGGCUUUGGUGUCAACACCUACCGCCUCGUGAAGGAUGACGGCUCGUCGAAGCUGGUCAAGUGGCACUGGAAGUCCCGUCAGGGCAAGGCCAGUCUGGUUUGGGAGGAGGCGCAGAUCAUUGCCGGCAAGAACUCCGACUUCCAUCGCCAGGACUUGUGGGACGCCAUCGAGUCGGGCAACGGCCCCGAGUGGGAGCUCGGCGUGCAGGUUGUCAACGAGGAGGAUGCGCUGGCGUACGGCUUCGACCUCCUGGACCCCACCAAGAUCGUUCCCGAGGACAUCGUGCCUGUCACCAAGCUCGGUGUGAUGAAACUGAACCGCAACCCAACCAACUACUUCGCGGAGACGGAGCAGGCCAUGUUCCAGCCCGGCCACAUUGUGCGUGGCGUCGACUUCUCCGAGGACCCUCUGCUGCAGGGGCGCAUCUUCUCGUACCUCGACACGCAGCUGAACCGCCACGGCGGCCCCAACUUUGAGCAGCUACCCAUCAACCGUCCUGUGGUCCCUAUCCACAACAACAACCGUGACGGUGCCGGCCAGAACUUUAUCCACACCAACACGGCUCCUUACUCUCCCAACACCCUCAACAAGGGUUUCCCGCAACAGGCCAACCAGACCGUGGGCCGGGGCUUCUUCACCGCGCCCGGCCGCCGUCCUAGUGACGAGUACGUCCGUCUCGUCUCGCCGACCUUCAACGACCACUGGACGCAGCCGCGUCUCUUCUACAACUCGCUCUCGGCCGUUGAGCAGCAGUUCCUCAUCAACGCCAUCCGGUUCGAGACCAGCCACGUCCAGUCCGCCACCGUCAAGCAGAAUGUGCUCAUCCAGCUGAACCGUAUCAGCCACGACAUCGCCGUGCGCGUGGCCUCGGCCCUAGGCCUGGAGGCCCCCGCCGCGGACGAUACCUACUACCACAACAAUGUCACCGAGAGCGUGUCGGUCUUUGGCAGCGGCGACAUCCCCAUUGCCACACUCCGCGUCGGUAUCCUGGCGAGUGCGUUGGCGAACAACGGUAGCUCGGUCCAGCAGGCGGGCGAGCUGAAGGAGGCGCUGACCAAGGACGGCGUCGUGGUCACCGUGGUCGCGGAGAGGCUCGGUGACGGGGUUGAUCAGACGUACUCAGCGGCGGAUGCUACCGGGUUUGAUGGUGUGGUGGUCGCUGCCGGGGCUGAGGGCCUGUUUGCGGCGAACUCCACGUCGGCGUCUACCCUGUACCCGGCCGGUCGGCCUGGACAGAUAUUGUUGGAUGCGUACCGGUGGGGCAAGCCCGUUGGUGCGGUCGGGUCUGCGUCGGGCGCUUUCAAGAGCACGAGUGUGCCAACGAGUGGUAAGGGUGUGUACAGUGAGACGGCGGUUGAGGAUAUUGUGAAGGGGAUUGAGGCUGGGUUGGCGACUUUCAAGUUUACCGACCGGUUCCCGUUGGACAACACCGAGUAG